UUAAGCAGAAUUUUAAUGGCUUCAUGAGAAUAAUGUUUGAUAUUUAUGUUCACAAAUUAUUUAUCCUUGAAGGUAAUAAUUGAACAACUUCUGAAAACUUAUCCAUAUCCUUCAGUCCAUGGACGACUCCUCAUAACAGGGAGAUCGAUGAAGGUGAAAGGCGAUAUUAUCAAAAAAAGACGAGAACAGAAAUGCAAUAAUUUUGUGCUGCUGACGAAAGAACUGGAAAUGGUUUCUGAUGUACUUGGUAAACAGCCUGAAUCAAGAAUCAUUAUUGUCCCACUGACAUCGCUCUGGCAGUUGUCGUCGUUUCUGACAAGCCCAAUAUCACAGAAUUUGGUCAAUAUGUUGAUAUUGUUCGACCCUUCACUGACAGUGGAAGGCCUAGAAGCGAGGAACAAUUCAAAAGAUAUAACAAUUUACACGCAUCUUCUGUUCACUGAUUCGAUGGGAGCUACCGUGCCCAAGGUGAUGACAGUGUGGCGGUGCGACCGCCUCACUCAGCCCAAAUUGAACCUCUUUCCAAAUAAAUUCCAGUCUGGUUUCAACGGCUAUAGAUUUCGUUUAUCAGGAGCUCAACAGCCACCUUUUGUAUUCAGAAAGAAAAAUCAGCAAAGCAAAUCGAAUGCAGAUGAGAGGAUCACAACCUGGGAUGGAUAUGAAGUAAGGCUCCUUCAACUUGUUUCUGAAGCUCUAAAUUUCACCUUCAAAAUAGAGGAGCCAGCUGACUCAGGGAAUGCUUCUGAUAGAAGAGUGAUCAAAGAAGUAAGAAACCUUAGAGCAGACAUUGCAAUCGCAGGGAUUCCAGCCACUGCUGACAGAAUGAACGAGUUUUCUUUUUCAACAGUACAUUCCUAUGACUGCGCUAACUUCAUCACGUUAACAUCAACAGCUUUACCAAAAUAUAGAGCGAUAUUGGGACCGUUUCGGCUGGAAGUGUGGAUUUGUUUGAUAUUGAUAUACUUAUUUGCCAUCAUUCCAAUAUCGUUCUCAGCAAGACACACGCUCAAACAUCUACUGGAAGAUCCGUGGGAGAUUGAAAACAUGUUUUGGUAUGUCUUCGGCACGUUCACCAACUGCUUCACUUUCAUUGGAAGAGGAUCGUGGACGAGUGGAAAACAUAAUGCAACACGCUUAUUCGUAGGUACUUAUUGGGUAUUUACAAUUAUAAUCACAGCAGCAUACACAGGCUGUAUCAUUGCCUUCAUAACAUUGCCGGCAUAUCCUCCUGUUCUCGACACUGCUCAACAACUUCUUAAGGCCAAUUAUCGUAUUGGAAUUCUAAACGGAAGUGGAUGGCAAGCAGCAUUUGAAAAUUCCAGUGAUAAAGUGACAGACAGGCUUUUAAAGAAGGCUGAUUUUGUUCCAAAUCUUGCACUUGGAUUGAAAAACGUCUCCAAAGCCGUCUAUUGGAAGCCAUAUGCAUUUCUUGGAUCGAAAGAAGAAAUGAAGUUCAUGAUCAACACCAAUUAUACUCCCAGUUCUAGACACAAGAAAUCACUGUUUCAUCUGAGUAAGGAGUGCUUUGUUCCUCUAAUGGUAUCCGCUGUAUUUUCGAAAGAUGCCAUCUACAAACACCCACUGGAUGUAACUAUUAUGAGGGUGAUUCAGAGCGGAUUAUUCAUGAAAUUGUCAAGGGAUGUAGAAUGGGAUCAGUACCGCGCGAGUACAGGAAAACUAAUGCAAGUAGGUUCAGUAAUUUGAUUUCAAAAUUAUUUCUCUACUUGAAAAGUUGAAUCUGUUUCUUUCAAUGACUUUUCUAAUCAAACUAAACAAUUUUUUCAAGAUAUUGGUAUUGUUGAGUUACUGAAAUUACUAUUAAAUAAUUUUUUAGCCAACUGUGCAACCGAUAAAUUGCAAAAAAUUAUCACAAAUAAUGUGUAUCAAAUCACAUAAAACUGUAGGACCAAUCAUCUCUCAUUAUCAUCCGCCUCAUUACCCACGCAUAAGCCUAGGCUCAU